AUGUCACCCCGCGUAACCGUCCGCCUCGUCCCCGGUUGCUCUGACGGUGAUCCUCUCCAUGUCCCGCCUCCAGGAGCUCAUACUCAACUCGAUCCACCGACUCUGUACCUGGAAAAGAUCGGUCAACAAUGGAUGGAGAGUCGAGGUGAGGCUAAGCCCGGUGUACAGUACUCGCUGGAAGGUCUUCCCUUUGGUUAUACUCUCUGGUAUCGCCCGCGACCAUCCAAACCGAGCCAUUUCGACAAGUAUCUAUAUGGCCAUCCCGGAAAGAAGGCAUUCGACUCGCCGAAUCGAUUCUUUCCCCAUUUUCUGCAUCUGAUGAACAACAAUGGCAACAGCAUAGGCUGCCCAUGUACUCUCUGCAGUGGCAGUGCAGGCGUUCUUCCGAAAACCUCAGCCAACAGCUCCCAGGUACGCAGCUCCAGCGCGGCAUCUUCCCGAAAGGCAUCCAACUCGUCUGCUUCUCUGCCAAGCCGGCCUUCCAGUGCCCACAGCGUUCAAUCGCUUUCAGUCCCACCGCCGCAUAGUUUAGCACCACAGCACAAAGGUCGGCCAAAGAAGAUAACUCCGGGUCUCGACACGACGAACGUGGACAGUGAGGGCACUCCCGACGUCUACAGGAAUCUCAUCGACAAGCUUCGCCGGCAUCGCGAUGUGGACGAACCCAUACUUGAGCCCUUAAGUCCAGACUGGCGCGCUGAACAAGAACACCUUCCGAAAUUUCUCGACGAUAUAAAGACACAAGACCAGUGGGUCCCGCGAACUGGAGACCUUGUGCUGUAUAUACGCAACAUGCCCGACACCGUUGAAUUGGUGCGAGACAACACCACCGGAGAGCUUCAGUUGUACGAUGAGCGGCGCAAGCAGCAUCUCGGUGUUCCCCAAUGGGCGGCAGGCCUCGUCACCGAGCCGGCUACUGGUACCACGGUCUCCGAGCUCGUUGCCUCUACUCAGGAGCGCAACGUGUCCAGCAUAGGCGUACGCGUCGAACCUAUCCCAGAUCCAAACGAGUCCGACAAGUCGCUCUCUAAGAGACACAAGUACGUCUUGUUGCGGCAGACAAGCCCGUUCAUGAUGUGGAGGGACCUCUUACGCCGUAUCCCCCAGGAAGAAUGGCAUGACACUGUCAAGAACGCCCUCGCCCUGAUGUCGACGCUCUCUCUUAUGGGCAAGUAUCGGUUUCGAGGAUCUUGGCCCAACGCGAGCAUAUACUGCCAUGGGAUCUACGUUGGCGCCGAGAUGCUCGCCGUGGGCGACACAGUUCGUCUCCUUCCCAACAAGCAAUCUGGCCAGUCUGGCUGUACGGAUGUCAUGAGUGUGAAAUCCAUUCGGCUGAAGUGGACGAACUUGGACAAGGCAUCGGAUAACGACUAUGACGAGGGAAGGCCGUAUAACUCCGAGAUAUGGAUCUAUGGCUCAGCCUACACCAGCGACAGCUCACGGUCUAAUAAGCUUUGGGUGACGGAGCAUAAUGUCGAAGCCCCACGUGUAGCCAACGACUAUGCAGACUGGUACCCACUACACCCAGCCGACAAAGAGCUCGCCAUUCCCUACUCCCGUGUUCUUGGCCGUCUACACGAGCGUGACGCUACGGCAUACUUCCUUAAAUCCGCUCAUGACGACCUCCCAGGACUCGAUGUCGGCCGACAAGCUGUGGUCGAGGCGCGCGCCUUUGCACGAAAGCACGACAACCGUAUCGCUCAGGAAUCCGAUGCGACUUGGUACUGGGGAGACGACCGGGCCGACGCUCUGAAUCUCCACACCAUCAACGGCCUUGAUGUGUCUAGAUACGACCUCGACCGCGAUGUCAAAGAUCUCCGCCGCAAGUACCGCCAGCUAGAUGGUAUUGCCAGUGGAAACGCGAAGCCUACAGGCCAAGACAUUCUCGGCGGCAGGGGAUUGCGUACGUUCAUGGCGCCGGCUUUGCCACUCCGCACGAGCGGCACAAAGGCACCAAGUGAUAGCGGAAGUUCUUCUAUCGCAAGUGCCAGCCAAGCCUCACGAAAGCGUACGCACAUCGUUGACUUGGACGAUGAGGACGAUACCGAAGAGGACGAUCUUGACGAAGAGAUACGAGAGCGCACCAAGGUUGUGCAAGAUGACCGCCAAGGUCCGAUGAAGAAGAAGGCGAAGGUGAUGGUUGUUAUCGACUGA